GCUUUGACGCACGUCUCCAGCUUCGGCGCGCUUUUUUUAUUCGCUCUCUGGAUAUUUGACUCCUCGGUUCUCCGCACCAUGUCAAACGUCAGAGAGCCCAGUUAUUCUAUAGGAAGAGGUUGUGUGUCAUUCAUGCCGUACUCUUGAAGGGGGGCACGCUUGUUUUUGUUUUUUUUUUUCUUCUUCUUCUUCUUCUUCUUUUUUUUUAAAUCGGGAGCAGGAGAUGGCAAACUCCUUCUGAUGGUUUCAUCGGGAGCUCUGUAGGGUUUCCUGUUUCCAUUUCUAUACUGUAACGGGAUUUACUUGAAAAACCCAUCUGCUUCUGUGGGAUAUCGCCGUCAGGGAUCAUUUCAAAGAAAGAAGAUGGCUCUGGGUUACCUCUACGCGCUGUGCGUGUGGAUAGGUUUGUUGCAUCCCUCACUUGGAACCGGGUUUGUUUAUCGCUUUCCAGGGAUCGCCCUGCAGCGGCAGCGCAUCCACUCCGAACGGGGCAGCAGUGCGGGUCCGCCGGGAGCCGGGUCCUCACUUAGGAACUGGUGUCAGUACACUGCUUCCAGGUCAGUGCCCUGCAAAGUGCACAAUGGGACUGAGACCUCAGUGCAGAGGGUGAUGCAGGGCUGCCGGUGGCCCGGACCGUGCAGCAAAGUCAUCAGCUACAGAACCGUUAUCAAGCCGUCGUUUAAGAUCACUUACAAGCAAAUCACGGCUCUGGAGUGGAGGUGCUGCCCUGGGUUUGUGGGGGCGCAGUGUCGAGAAGAAUGCAUGAACUGCACCAGCUUCAACGACAUGAACAGCAGAAUAAACGCAGUCGAAUCAAAGAUCAAACUGUUGGAGAGCGGUCGGCCACUUCCUGAGGUCAGACUACCAGACGGCUCAACAGGAAAUGAGGUGGACACGCGUCGGGCCACUCCACCGCCGUACCUGCCACCAGGAGCCAAAGGGCCCCCAGGACCGGCUGGACCUCCUGGGCCGGCUGGACUACCGGGGAUUGCAGGUCCUCCCGGAAGAACCGGGGAUCGAGGAGCUCCCGGGGAAAAGGGGGACAGAGGUUAUCCAGGAGAGAGCGGCCGCCCCGGGCCUCCAGGUCUUCCUGGACCUCCGGGUCCUUCUGGGUCAGGUUCUUUUCCUCUGCCCAUUCGGGGAGACGUUUUCCAUCUAGAGGAGGACCCGGACCGUCCGGUUCUCGCUGCGCCUCCGGUCAGAGUGGGCCCUCCCGGUCCCGCUGGUCCCGUCGGCCCCUCGGGUUCCCCUGGAGAACGAGGACCCGCAGGGACACCUGGUCUCCCAGGACGGGACGGUAGGGAGGGUGUUCCAGGCAGACACGGCAGUCCCGGCCCGAAAGGAGAUCCAGGGGAAAGGGGGGCGCCAGGUGCCAAAGGAGAGCAGGGCCUACCUGGAGCACCAGGGCCAAAAGGAGAACCAGGAGUGAGCUUGAAUGAGGGUGAAGCCGUGCAGCAGCUCCGAGAGGCCCUGAAGAUCCUGGCCGAGCGGGUUCUGAUCCUGGAGCACAUGAUUGGGAUUCACGAGAACUCUGAAGGAUCUGGAUUCAGCAGCGUUUUAGACCCGCUGGGUUUCUCCAGCCUGAAGACGAAGCGCCGCCAGGCCAGUCGAGUCCUCCGUCAGCCCGCAGGCGUCAACGGGCGGCAGAAACGGGUCCCUCUUUAACGUUAUUGCAUCAUUUUGCAUUUGUGUGAAUAAUUGUACGGGAAUAUUGGCUUUUUUUGUUGUUGUUGUUAUAACUGGACAUGCGUAGCUGUUCUUUGUAUCUGUACUUGCCAGAUUUAUUGUUGUUUUUCUUCGACAUGAAUAAGUCCUGCUAUUAAAAGUUCUUUGUAGAAGAGAGAUGUUGAACAUUUCCUCUGCACCAAAUGAUUUAUUGUCCUUUAUCACCCUGCUGCUGCUGCCUUACACAGAAGUAUGCCAUAAAUUACAAUGGAGGUUCUGGCAUCCUUCCUUCAUCAGAUAAAAGAUAGAUAAGUGAAUUUAUCUCUUUUCCUGAGGCUUAGGUUGCAGGCCUUUGCAUUCUUCAACAAAGUACAAAAAAACAAAACAACAACUUUGUACCAAUCUAAAAAUCUUUGUUUUCCAUUGUCUCUUUUGUGUUUUAGUUUGUGUUAAUGCUGUUAGGGGGAAAGACUUCCAAGAACAUCAGCGUGACAUAAACCGGAGCAAACAUCUGGAAGACAGAGGAAAGAGAUCCCGAAUCUCGAGCCAAACCCCCUCACUCGCCCCACGAUGCACCUGGAAGCUGAUAGAGCUGCAAACUUGACAGGGUUACAUCGACUUGUUUAAUAAGCUGCCUCUGAGACCUCCGUUUAAACCGGCGUGAUUUAUUGCGCGACAUGUCUCCCCAGUGAUCGAGACGGAGGUUUCUGAGUGAAACCCCCCCACCGCGUCUGGAGCGAUCCUUGCUUCCUCCAUUACAGACUUCACACGGGGGGGGAAUCCUUCUGGGAGGGAAACGUGCUUUCCUCCGCCGGGAGUCGAGGAGAGGAUCGAUUCGGCUCUCGCCCGCCUGCUAAGUACGAAACAUUUCGCCGGCGUCGAGUGGGAGCCGCGGAUCUGUUGAUGACGACAACGUUGAAAGCAGACCAAAACAUGCAAACUAUAAACAGAUGAGUGUGAGAAUUGUUUCCGUCAGAGUCCACUUCAGAGUUUGGUAUUUUAGUUAUUUGUAACUCUUAAGUUUUUACUGCUCCAUAAAAAAGAGAACUACAUAACAAUAAAAUAAGUCAAAGCCCCUCUAACAACAGACAUGUUUUUUAUUGGCCACUAUCAGCUGUUUAUAGACCUCAAAGUGUUCAAAUGAAACUCAGAAGGGCAGAAAUAACUGCUUUGGGUUAUUCUACCCUCACAUUACAGAGAUGCAAGUCAAGCUGCUUCCUGGAAUGGGUAGACGGAUGAUUCAGAAAUUACUCAUUUACCUGUUCUGGAAAGAAAAUCAAUUUGCAGUGAGUUUAUCAAACAGUGAAGAAUGCCUUGCCCUUGGGCAAAGGCAUUAGCUUGUUAUUAUUAUUAUUAUUAGGAUCUGACAUGAGUCAAGAAUUUGUAGUAUUGAUUUUGAUCCAUGUAUUCCUACUUGUGAAUAAGGCUGCCUUCCAGAAAUUGCUGUAAGACUUAUAAUAAAUUAAUAUUCUUCA